AUGUUCGGCGUCGUCUUCCCCAAUCGGAGUUUCCCAAUCGACAUCUCAACUUUCGCCCAAAUCGAUACUCACCACUGGGUUCUCGACAUGAACCACUUCGUCGGCGAAGCAUACGAUCAAAUCGGGGAGAUGUGUAUCUUCUUACUGAACAACUUCACUCUUCCACCGGACAAAGCAUUAGCCGUAUAUCUCCAAUCACCAGGAUCCGGAUUCGUCUUCUGCGGCGCCGUAACCCUGAAUCGACCAUCGGCGGUUUUGUCUCUGCAGUGGCCGGAGCCGGGAGGUACGGCUCUGAUGUCAGCGGAUUCGACGACUCCUCUGUCGGCGAAAAUCGGCGUCUCGGUGGAAGAUGCGGCGGCGCUUCAGUCUGUGGAUGUGGCGGCGGAGAGAAAAAUCGAGCGGCUGGCGAUGAAAGUUGGGGAGAAUCUGUUCAAUUUCAUGCAGUCGUUUUGCGGCGUCGACGGGAGUAAAUUGGUUGUUCCGAUGGAUAUUUUGGAUCGGUGGUUUAAAAAGUUUCAGGAGAAAGCUAAACGCGAUCCUGGUUUUCUCAAAAGCUUUGCCUUGUAA